AUGGAUGUGUUGACAACAUUGACUGCAGACAAGCCAGUGGUGAUCUUCAGCAAGAGCAAUUGCUGCAUGAGCCACACAGUGAAGGCUCUCAUAAGCAGCUUUGGUGCCAACCCUGCAGUUAUUGAGGUUGACAAAAUGGCAAGUGGCCAACAAGUAGAGAGAGCACUGGUCCAGCUAGGUUGUCGCCCUAGUGUGCCUGCAGUGUUCAUCGGACAAAAAUUCAUAGGUGGUGCUGAAGAAGUCAUCAAACUCAAUGUUCAAAACAAGCUUGCCCAAUUGCUUCUCGGGGCUAAAGCCAUAUUUAUCUGGACAGAACAGCACUAG